GUGUAAGUUUUCAGUUGCCCGCUCUUCCUCUUUGUUCUUGAUUUUCUUUAACCUUAGCGAGUCCCCAAAAACACCCAAUUUGUUAAUUUUGUGGAACCCAUUUUCUCUACUCGCCAUUUUAAUAUAUAAGAUGGAGAAGAUGGGUAGUGAUGAGCCCAAUUUCGAGGAGUUCUUUGAGGAGAAGAAGCGGGUUAGGAACCCUCUUGUCCCAGUUGGAGCACUUAUGACUGCUGGAGUGCUCACGGCUGGCUUAAUCAGUUUCAGGAGAGGCAACUCUCAGUUGGGUCAGGUGCUAAUGAGAGCUCGUGUGGUCGUCCAAGGUGCUACAGUGGCGCUUAUGGUCGGCACUGCUUACUACUAUGGAGAGAAUCCAUGGAAAUCAAAGUAGAUCCAGAAAAAAGCUUUUGUUGCAGAUUAAGCUAAACGUAAUUACAAAUGGUGGUUUUGGUUCGUUCAUUACCAUGGUCCUGGUCAGCAAUAUCCAAUACUAAUUGCCAUUUCAUUUUUAGCAAAUUUACAAGGGUUUGUACUACUAUAUGUUGGAUUUUUUUGGCAAGCUAAAUAAAUAACACCUUUCUAGCUCC